GAUCAUUCAAACUGCAUAAUGGAUUCGGGAAAGCAGGGUCAGGAAGAGUCGAGAAGGGGUGAGCAGAAAACGUCCGGUUGGGAAGAAAUUUUAUUUGGUUCCUGGUGACCACCAUUUUACGUGGUAACGAGAAUUUCUACUCGGAAUCAAUAUCCGAGAGGUAUAUAAGGCGAAUGAGAAGAAAAUCGAACUCAUUCCCUAUUAACCCUUCCUUUCUCUCUUUUCUUUCCACAUUCCCUUCACUCGUUGUUUUGCCAGUCAAGACAGGUUCUUGUAGGAUUUUUCCAAAUUCAAGUUCAUUGGUCGCCGAGCGUGAUUCUUUCAUUCUACCCCCUUUUCGCUCAGUUGGAUACUUUCCUUGUUCACGCUAUAAUCGAACAUUCUUACAAUGCUCUUCAAAUCAUUUGUGCUUGCCCUGGCUUAUACCGCUGCCACUAACAUUGCGGCGCCUAUCCUUCGUCGUGAGGUUCCUCAAGAGCACUCUCAUGAGAAUAUCUUGAUUUUGAUGCGAGAUGCAAUCGCCACUGGAAGCAACCCUCAGAACCUUGGAGACCCUGUGUUCGGUUUACUUGGAGAUGCAGCAGCAGCAGGUGGAUUGGGAGAUACGACUGAUCCUGACUGUCUGCAGCAAAAUUUGGCUGAUCUGGCUUUCACGAAUGCCAAAGCAGCUGGCAAUGUUACUCUUAUGACCGCUGCUCUCAUCUAUCGAGCGCUUGAGCGGAACACUGGCUCUGUUGGUCUUGCAUCUGUUGCAUGCAAUAGUACCACCGCUGUAAACUCCGAAAUCGCUGCGAUAUCUCAACAUCAAGAUCCUGCUUCUACCGGUGCUGCCGCAACAAACAAGGCUAUUGUUCUCACUCUGGCUCAACAAAUUGCUUCGAUUGGUGGUGAUCCUCAGGACGCUCUUAAGUCUGGCACCUUCGCUCCUGGUACCCUUGGCGAUCCCACUGCCGCUGGUAACACCUGCGAUAACAUCGUCGAUGAGGGUUGCAUUAACGCCGACAACAAGCUUGUAGAAGAUGCUACGGCCGACGAAAUUAACGCUGCUGUUUCUGGUGUAGCUGCUUCGUCUGUUGCUGCUACUACUGCUGCAGCUGCUACAUCUGUUGCUACGGAUGCUGCUUCUGCUACUGACAGUGCAGAUAGCACAACUGUCACCUCGGUUUCAUCAGACGGAUGCACAACGGAAGUCACUGUUACUUCAACAGUCACCGCCGCGGCUGCUGCCACCUCGUCUGCUGCAGUUGACGUUGCUUCCACUUGUGCUGCUCCUGUCACUGUUACUGUGACUGCAAGCGCGAGCGCGAGCGCCUCCGCCGCGACUGAAGCUGUCGCCACUGCUACCUCCAGUGCUUCCACGACCACGACUUCCGCAGCUGCUGGCCAGAACUUACAAACCUUUACUGGAGAUGUUGGUAACACUUUGGCUCCUGCUGUGACCACUGGUGGGCGUGGAUUCGUUGUCGCGGGUGAAACCGGUGACUCUUUCUUAAACCUUUCUGCUGCUCUUCAGAGAUCCUGCUCAAUACAGCAUAAUGCUUGUGCUGAUGCUGCUAACUCUGGGUCUGCCGCAGGCAUUACUGUCGGUGAUUGCGAUACCCAAAACACCCAAUGUACCGCUGCUUAAGCACAUGAGCAUUCUCUUGAUUUCGUUUUGAAUGUGCACAUACAUCGACUUACAGUAGCUGGCAAGAAUGUAUCUAUAUCCUUACCCCUUACAUACCCUGGCAAUACAUUUCAGUGAAGGCUAUAAAAGAUUGCGGGAUCAUUGCUUGCGUUCGAAAACGACUUUGUUGUUCGGUGCAUCAGAUAAGGAUGCUUCUGCGCACAUGGAUUU